GAUUUAAAUAGUUGUGGUGAUCUUUGCCGUCUUCGUCUUCGUCUUCGUCUUCCUUUUCUUCUAUAUAUCUAAUUUCCGUUACUCUGUUUUUUCAGAAUUCAGAUAUGAAACUGAGAGAAAAGUCGAAGAGCUUCAAAUGUCUUUCCAAGCUCAGCGGACUCACCGUCCCCACCGCCAAGCCCAAAGCUGUUCCUUCUUCUCCAGCUGCCUCUCCUCCGUCGCUGGAAAUGGAUCCCGGAAUCUGGAGCAGACUACCACCGGAACUUCUCGAUCACGUACUCUCUUUUCUCUCUCUCAGAACUUAUUUCAACCUAAGAUCCACUUGCAAGCAUUUCGAUUCUCUCUUGUAUUCUCCUUCCUUCGUCUCCAAGCAUUCUGAUUCCUCUUUCUCUUCCUUCCUCUUGCUGGCACAUCCUCAAUGUUUCAGUCAGUUCCCCCUGUACGACUCUGCUCGCGGCACUUGGCGGAGCUUCCCACUUUCUCUUUCCGUUUCGCUUCUUUCCUCUAGUCCUUCUACUGCUCUUCUUUCCACCGCCAAUGGACUCGUUUGCUUUUCUCUUCGCCAUUCCGGUUCCUUCCUCGUCUGCAAUUUCUUGACCAAAUCUUCAAGGCUGAUUGAAUUUCCCUAUCAUCCAUUCGCAUUUGAGCUUCUCACGUUGGUUUCCGUACCCCUAGGGUACAAGAUUUUCACGCUCUUCUUCGACUCCGCUUUGGUAUUCGAUUCCCGAAAUCAUUCCUGGCGAAGAUUCGACAAUUUCGAGUCGAUUCUUGGAGAUAAUCAUCGCCAAGAAGCUGCUUACUAUAACGGCCGAUUGUAUUUUGUUACGCCAGAGCCAUUUUCUAUUAUUUCCUUCGAUUUGGAUAAUGGCGAGUGGGAGCAAACCGAUAUUGUAAUGCCCGAGGAGCUCACGUUUGUUAGAUUAGUGAGCGAUGGAGAUAGGAAACUGUAUAUGAUCGGUGGAACAGGAAGGAAUGGGAUCUCGAGGAACUUGAGAUUAUGGGAAUUCUCGGAACAGGGAAAUUGGGUGGAAGUUGAAAGUGUACCACAAAUGAUUUGUAAGAAGUUCAUGUCGAUUUGCUACCACAAUUACGAGCAUGUUUAUUGUUUUUGGCAUCAGGGAACCAUCUGCCUUUGUUGCUACACUUGGCCGGAGAUUUUGUAUUACAAAAUUUGCAGGAGAUCUUGGCAUUGGCUUCCCAAAUGUCCUUCUGUACCGGAGAGAUGGAGCUGUGGUUUCAGAUGGUUUUCUUUUGUGCCAGAACUGUACGCAUCUGCCUAACCUGUUUCACUCUUUCGUUUUGUUCUUACUUCUUGCUUUGGUCAGUUCCGCUGUUAUAUGUUUGUAGAAAUGCCUCUUAGGGAGCUCUUGAUUGCCAGAGCUAAGCCUUGUUUUUAAAGACACAUCCAUACUAGAGAGAACAUCAUGUUCAUCUCAAACCAAUUGACAAUAGAAAAUUAACCCAUCUAUUGCCUUAGAUGAAA